UCGAGGAGUUAGUUUUCAUCCUCGGUUCUCGCCAUCCAUCCAGGGGAGGAAGUGCAUCGUCCGUUUCCGAUUUUUUUUUUCGAAACGUUUCUUCAACGUGUUUACGAAAUUCCAGUUUCUCGUUUGCGAAUGGGACCACGAUACGGAUAACCACGAUUCGGAGUGAAACUAUCGUUGUUUCGUUGUUUGAUUCCUUUUUUUUUUUUUAAUUUUUUUCUUUUUCCUUUUUCCCUUUUGGUUUCACGUUCAUUAUCGACAGACGCAUAGUGGGUGUGCCGUGGAAAGGAUUCGUGGCGAGGAUGCAGAGCCAGGAUCCGCAGAUCGGGCACAUGUCCGUGACGCAACAAAAAGUGCCUGCAUCUUCCAGUCGAAUCCUUUACGAUAUCCCUUGCAAAGUAUGCAGGGACCAUUCCUCGGGCAAACAUUAUGGAAUAUUCGCCUGCGAUGGAUGCGCCGGUUUCUUCAAGAGAUCGAUUCGAAGGAAUCGCCAGUACGUGUGCAAGGCUAAAUCUAAAGGUGGUUGCAUGGUGGACAAGACUCAUCGUAACCAGUGUAGGGCGUGCCGUUUGGCCAAGUGCAUUCAAGCCGGCAUGAACAAAGAUGCUGUCCAACACGAGCGUGGUCCGCGAAACUCGACUCUGCGAAGGCAGAUGGCUUUGUACUUUAAAGAACCCGAAAUGAUGGCCAACAUGGUACCCCCACCGGCAGCAGCUUUGGAUCUAGCGUUGCCCAAACCACCGAAUGAACCUCGAGUUUCCGUGCCAGCGCCUGCCCCUCAUCAUCCCCUUCCACAUCCUGUUUACUGCAAUAACAUGGCCAUGUCGAAGAUUCCAGUGAACGUGGCUGGCCUACCGACCUUACCGUUGAUCCCUGCAGCGAUAACAGCGGAAUCCAUCUGCGAGCAAGCAGCCAGGUUGCUGUUUCUCAACGUCCACUGGGCCAGAGAUCUGGCAGUAGGAACGAACCUGGUCAUAGAAGACCAGCUGACACUAUUGGAAUCCUCCUGGAGGGAAUUGUUUCUACUCGCCGCGGCCCAGAUCCUUCCAACGUUGGAUCCAACCCCUCUCCUUCCGCCUGGUCCUCAAGGCCUCGGCCUGGCAGUCGAAGUGACUCGUUUCAGAGAAACUUUGGCCGGUUUCCACGCGAUGAGCCUCGAUCAGCACGAGUACGCUUGCAUCAGGGCGAUAGUCCUCUUCAAAGCUGGGCUGGACAGCGAGCCUCUGCCGAGCAGCAGGAGCAGCAACGGAUCUACGUCCCCUAAUACAGGAAGUAGAUUGAGGGACGCGGCAGCGGUUGCGAGGCUGAGGGAUGGCGCGCAACUCGCGCUCGGGCAAAGAUUAAGCGGCGCCUCGUUCGGCGCUCUCAGGUUUGGAAAAUUGUUGUUGUUACUUCCUUCGCUUCGUUCCGUUUCCGCGCACGCGAUCGAGGAACUGUUCUUCAGAAGGACAAUCGGUAUUAUUCCAAUCGAGAGGAUUAUUUGCGAUAUGUACAAAGCCGCUUAAAUGUGUUUUGUGAUUACUGAUAGUCAAUAAAAUCGUAUGAAUAUAUCCUGGUUUAGAUUAAUCGUACUAUUUCGUGGGAACGAAGAGACAUUCGAUUGAUAUUGUGUACAAGUUGUACCACGUGGUAGUAAAGCGAAAACGAUACGAUGUGAAAGCUUGUGAAUGUAUAAGUUUUUGUGGUACCUGGAAAACUCUUGAAUAAGAAUGAAAAACAUUUUGUGAAAAGUAAUUUGUGAAAGUAUAUAAGUUAAAUUUUACGAUAUUGUGAAAAACGUUGGAUGGAAAUGUUAAAGAAAAUAUGAGCGUGAUUAUUGGCAUUAUAUGUCAAAUAAAUAUUUGUGAUAUCGCAUAAUUGACUCCGUUAAGUCAGUUAACGCUAGUUGAUGGAUAUGUAAUAUAAGAUAUUAUGUUUUAUCGGAAUUUUCCAUUAAAAAGGGAAAUUGGACGAUUUGGACGUGCCGUCUGCGGUGUUAGAUAAACCUCGUUAGAAGUUUAUUUUGAGGUUUGUUCUUUUCGCGAAUAGCAUCUGCAAGUAUAACUAUGGCAAAAAAUUUACAGUACAAAUGUAGUUAGUGCCAAAUUAUAUAAAUACGCAGGAUACAAUUUAUCUGAUUGGAACGUCUAAAGAAAACAAAUUUGUAUUAUAAAGAAAAUUUUAUAAUAGGACAAAAUUAAAGAACAUGAAAACAAUAUAUG